CUACUCUACCUUACUGAUGGUUAAAUUUGCAAAAUUGAUGAGAAGCCUUUAAAGUUGCACUCCAACUGUUUGAUAAAAUGCCCCUUAGCUAAUCAUUGUCAUUUUAUAUGUCUUCUACAUCAAGUUAUAUUAUGUUCUCGACAAUUUUCUUUAACUUUGUCAAAAUUUAUCUUUAACUUUGGUAUCAAGAAUUGUUUUCUUGACAGUCAAGUAAUGUUAUUCUUUUCUUUGACACUGAGUGAUGAAAACAUGCCAUAGCUUUCAAGCAUUAUAAAUAUGUAUGCUAUUGUCUGAAUUAAUAUCACCAUAAAAAAACUACCCUUUGAUAUAUAUUUUCAUUUAUUUCGUUUUCUGCGAUCACUGAUCAUUGCUUUCAAUAUGACUGAUUUUUUUGUUUCCAAAGCAUUAGAUAUGCUGACUGCAGCCAUUGCUGGUGAGAUAGAACAAAAAGUCAAGCUUGUUGUUGGCGUCAAGAACGAGGUCAAAUUGCUCACCGACAAUCUACAGUCGAUCCAAGCUGUUCUUGUUGAUGCAGAGAAAAGGCAGUUGAAGGAGGAAACUGUUAAACUUUGGCUCCGCAGGCUGAAAAACAUAUCGUAUGACAUUGAUGAUGUGCUGGAUGAGUGGAGCUUUGAAAUUUUGAAAUCAAAAAUUGAGGGAGAUGAAUAUGAAUACGCUUCUAAGUCGAAAAGGAUUAAGGUAUGGCCUUUUAUCCUAUCCUUUUGCUUUUGCUUUCGCGAAGUUGGUUUUCGCCAUGACAUUGCUGUGAAAAUCACAGAGCUGAAUGAAAGUUUAGAUGUAAUUGCAAAAGAGAAAGAUAAAUAUAGCUUUUCUUUGAUAAAAAGGAUUGAGAAUAUUGAACGAGCAGUGACUACCUCUGUUAUCAAUAUACCAGAGAUGAAACAUAGAGAGCAGGAUGAGAAGGCAGUGUUUAACUUGCUGUUGGCAGACAGUAGUAAGCAGAACCCUCAUAUCAUCUCUGUAGUAGGGAUGGGAGGGAUUGGCAAAACAACUCUCGCCAAACUAGUUUAUAAUGAUAAACAAGUGACAUCCCAUUUUGAUAUAAAAUUAUGGGUUUGUGUCUCGGAUCCCUUUGAUGAGAUCAGAAUUGCAAAGGCAAUCCUUGAAUCUCUUAAAGGAAUUGCUCCAAAUAUUGUUGAAUUGCAAAACAUUGUAGAACAAAUUCAACAAUGUAUUUUCAGAAAAAAAGUUUUUACUUGUUCUAGAUGAUUGUGGAACGAAGACAGUCGAAAGUGGGGACAAGUAGAACAUUUCCUUAAAUGUGGUUCCAUAGGAAGUAAAAUUUUAGUAACCUCACGUAAGGAAAAUGUUGCUAGGAUUAUGGGCUGUAGAAACAUAAUCCGCCUAGGAUUGUUGUCAGAUGAGGAUUGUUGGUCAAUAUUUUGUGAAGUCGUAUUUUCUGAAAGGACCGAUGACUUAGAGCACAACAGGAGUCUAGUAGAAAUUGGUAGAAACAUUGUAAAUAGGUGCAAGGGCUUACCACUUGCUGUAAAAACAAUAGGAGGUCUUUUGCGCUUUAAAGACUCUGUAGACGAGUGGCAAAGAGUCUUGGAUAGUGAUUUGUGGGAAAUAGAGGAAAUGGAAAGAGAUGUUUUUGCUCCAUUGUUUUUAAGUUAUAACGACUUACCCUCUUCAUUGAAACAAUGUUUCUUGUAUUGUGUCAUUUUCCCUAAGGAUCAUCUUAUGAGCACAGAUAAACUAAUUGAAAAGUGGAUAAGUCAAGGUUAUCUUAAGGCAACAAAAAGCAAAAGUAUGGAGAUGAUUGGUGAUGAGUAUUUUUAAAUUCUAGUUAUGCGGUCUUUCUUCCAAGAUCUAGUGAAGAUUAACAACCGCUACGUUUUUAAGAUGCAUGACUUAGUGCACGAUUUUGCUCAAUCGCUCAUGAAAAAUGAAUGUUGUAGCAUAGAGGUGCUAAAUAAUGAAAUAGAGCAGCGAAUGAUAGAUUUUAAUCCUAUAGAAGUACGUCAUGUAAGCAUUAGACUUGGUCCGGAUGUUAGUUUUCCUAGUUCAUUUUACAAUCUAAGAAGGUUACACAGUCUCAUUUUUUUAUGGGGAAAUGGUACAAUGAUUGGAGUAGCCUUACCUAAGAUAUUCAAUGAACUGACUUGUUUGAGAUCCUUAAGCUUAAGUGGUUGUGACAUUAGAGAAAUCCCCUCUAAUAUAAGUAAAUUGAUUCAUUUGAGGCAGCUUGACGUGUCUAGGAAUAACAAAUUGAAGGAGUUGCCUGAAACAGUAUGCCAAUUAUAUAAUUUGCAAACCAUAGAUGUAGUCUCUUGUGAAAAUCUAAAAUGCUUACCCGAAGGGAUGGGGAAACUUAUUAAUUUAAGGUACCUGAAUAAUGAUCAGACUUCCUUUUCGUUGCCGAAAGGAAUCGGAAGAUUAAGUGGUUUGCAAAAGUUAUGCAUGGUCAACAUUUGCAACAAUGAACAGGGAGAAGCUGCAUUCAUUCUUAGAGAUAUUAAAACACUGAAUCAACUUGGUGGAAGUUUGACCAUAGAAUGGAGAAGACAACAUGUGGCUGAAGUGGACGUGGAGGAUGCGAAACAAGCAGAGUUAAAGAAUAAAAAGAAUCUCACUGAUUUGAAGAUAUAUUUUAGCGACGAAAUAUACGGAGUAGAGUGGAGGAAACAGCAAGAUGAAGAAUUGUUAGAAGCUUUAGAACCAUCAACAAAGUUAAAAUCUUUAACAAUAUCGGAUUACUUGGGCACCAAUAAAACAUGCGGGCAUCCGAAUUGGAUUACUUCGAUGUCAAGUCUUCGAAAGAUUAACCUCGGUAGAUGGCGAAAUUGUGAGAAUUUUCCUCCAUUCGGAGCAUUACCUUGGCUCGAAUCCCUUCGCUUGUUGAAAUUCUACAGUUUAAAAAAAGUUGGAAUUGAAUUUUUGGGGUUGGAUCAUCUUGACAUUUCUACUGCAUUCCCCAAGUUGAUAGACUUGCAGUUCCAAUUGAUUGAAGAAUGGGAAGAGUGGAGUGACCAAGAUGUGGGUGAUAAUGCUGCAAAAAUAAUGCCAUCUUUAAGGUUUUUGGCCAUUUGGUCAUGUCCAAAGUUGAAGAAAUUGCCAAAUUAUAUCCUCCAAAAAACUGCACUGAAUAUUGAUAUUAAGGAUAAUAAGGUUUUUUUCCCUCUUAGUGGACGCUCCUAAUUAAGAUCAUUUCUUUUUCCCUUAGUGGACUUCACUUCGUUUUUCAAUCGAUUUGUCCUCUCCUUCCUUUGGUGAUGGAUUGACUCUGACUUUUCAGAAGUCGUGGUGAGGUGGUGUGAAAAAAGCAAUGGAGAAAGACCUCGAAAGUUUAUGAAGGAAGUUCUCCUUGACAGAGGAAGAGCCGGAUGUUGUGGAACUGGGAGGUAAAGAGCAGAUACAAGCAUCUGAGUUGAAGUUUAAACGGUGCAGUGUGGGUCGAUUACUAUGUGGGAAGCCAUUCAAUAUUAAGGCUCUUCACAGAGCCAUGACUGGGGCAUGGCUGGGGCAUGGAGGAUUAACAGUGGGUUUAACAAGAAUAAGGUAUUAAGGGAUGCCCCUCGGCAUUAUGAUCGCCAGUUAAUUGUCCUAGCUGAAGUGAAGGGGGACGAACAAUUGUCCGACGUAAAGUUGAUUCAUCUCCAUUCUGGGUCAGGUUGUUUAAUGUCCCUCUCAACUGUCGACAUAGAGAAAGCGUCACUAAGAUUGCGGAGAAGGCCGGUGUGGUCCUGGAGAUUCGUUAGCAGGAUAUUGUGGCAUGGGGAAAACACAUCAGGGUUCGAGUGGUAGUAGACAUAUCCAGAGUAAUUCAAAUAAGGUAAUUAAACUUAUCUUUUUUUUUUCUCAUGCUUUUUGCUAAAUAUAAUGACUUAAGUGAUAAUUUACCCCCUCAACGCAAACGAUAAUCAAUUAGCACAUAUCUUAAUUCUAUGGUCAAGUUAGUCAUACACUUGGUUUUAUUUUAUCUAUUUGCCUUAUUUUAGCAUAAUAUUAUCAUAAAAUGUGAGCCACACGAGCCGAAUCAGGUGUAGAAAUAGGAUAAAUUGAUUAAAAACCAAGUUUGGGAGAAAUUUGAACAUAAAGUUAAAAUAUAUGAUAAUUGACAAUCACUUGCAAAUCGAGAUAGCAAAUUACCACUUAAGUCUAAAUUUAAUUUUCUCUUAGCUGCAUACUCACUUUUCCAAGCAAAGUUCAUUGUACAAAUUAAAGUUUUCUAUGUAAAAAGUGACAUAGUAUUAUUAAUUUUCAUUAGCAAAAACAUGCAAUUAAUGAAGUACGUCAUGUAGGCAUUACACUUGGUCCGGACGUCAGUUUUCCUAGUUCAUUUUACAAUCUAAGAAGGUUACACAGUCACAUUUUUUUGUCCGGAAAUGGUACGAUGAUUAGAUUAGCCUUACCUAAGAUAUUCAAUGAACUGACUUGUUUGAGAUCCUUAAGCUUAAGUGGUUGUGACAUUAGAGAAAUCCCCUCUAAUAUAAGUAAAUUGAUUCAUUUGAGGCAGCUUGACGUGUCUCGAAAUAAAGAACUGAAGGAGCUUCCUGAAACAGUAUGCAAAUUACAUAAUUUGCAAACCAUAGAUGUAGAGUCGUGUGAAAUGAAAUGCUUACCUGAAGGGAUGGGGAAACUUAUUAAUUUGAGGUACCUAAAUAGUGAUGAGACUUCCUUUAAGUGGUUUGCAAAAAUUAUGCAUAGUCAACAUUUGCAGCAAUGAACAAGGAGCGGCAGCAGCAUUUGUUCUUAGAGAAGUUAAAAAGCUGAAUCAACUUUGUGGAAAUUUGGCCAUAAAUGGAGAAGACAACAUGUGGCUGAAGUGGACAUGGAGGAUGCGAAACAAGCGGAGUAAAAGGACAAAAAGUAUCUCACUGAUUUGCAGAUAUAUUUUAGCGACGAAAGAUACGGAGUAGAGUGGAGGAAACAGCAAGAUGAAGAAUUGUUAGAAGCUUUAGAACCAUCAACAAAGUUAAAAUCUUCAACAAUAUAUGGGAUUACUUGGGCACCAAUAAAAUUUAUGGACAUCCGAGUUGAAUUGUGUUGAUGACUAGUCUUCGGAAGGUUAACCCCGGUAGAUGGAGUAACUGUGCGAACUUUCCUCCAUUAGGAACAUUACCUUGGCUCGAAUCCCUUCGCUUGUGGAAAUUCCGCAGUUUAAAAAGAGUUGGAGUUGAAUUUUUGGGGUUGGAUCAUAUUGAUAUUUCUACUGCAUUCCCCAAGUUGAUGGACUUGGAGUUCCAAUUGAUUCAAGAAUGGGAAGAGUGGAGUGACCAAGAUGAUGCUGUAAAAGUAAUGUCAUCUUUACGGUUUUUGGGCAUAUGGUCAUGUCCAUAGUUGAAGAAAUUGCCAAAUUACAUCCUCCAGAAUGUUAGAUUCCAUCUUAAAACCAAUUGGUAUUAAGUGGAGGUGCCCAACUAAUAUAUAAACACAUGUCCACUCACACACACAACCAAUGUGGGAUUUCCCACUUUAACACUCCCCCUCACGCGUAGCGUGUACGGGCCGAGCAACAAAGUUGCCCCUCACGUAAAUCUCACGUGGGCCGGGCCAAACUCAAAUUGUGUGAAUGGACAAGGCUCUGAUACCAUGUUAGAUUCCAUCUUAAAACCAAUUGGUAUUAAGUGGAGGUGCCCAACUAAUAUAUAAACACAUGUCCACUCACACACACAACCAAUGUGGGAUUUCCCACUUUAACACAGAACACAUCACUAAAGCUUGAAAUCAGAGUUUGUUAUAGUCUGCAACAACAAUAAUAUCCAGAGUAAUUCAAAUCAGGUAAUUAAACUAAUCCUUCACUUUUCUUCUUUUCACAUGCUUUUAGCUAAAUAUAAUGACUUAAGUGGCUAUUUUAUUUUCUCCCUCA